GUAGCCCCAACAUAUCAAGCUGAUUUCUCUGGAAAGAUUUGGGACUUCGCUGAGAAUCACGUUGAGUUGCUGAAUUGUUCCACUCUGAAGACCUGCACCGAGCUCACAGUGCUAUCACUGCAUGACAAUAAAAUCAAGAUCCUUCUAGAAAACACCUUUCAUUCUCUUGGAUCUUUGGUUGAACUAGAUUUGUCUUGCAACAGAAUUUCCAAUCUUCCUAAAAACACUUUCUGGAGUUUACAAUAUCUGCAAAAACUGAACCUAUCUCAUAAUCCUUCACUCCAUAUUCAUGCCAGUCACUUCAAUCACCUGCUCCAACUUGAGUCUCUAAGUCUGGAGGGCAUUGAAAUUCCUGAUAUAACUACCAAGAUGUUUCUUCCGAUGGGAAACCUGUCCCACAUAUAUUUUGAGGAUUUUCAGUACUGUUCCUAUGCCCCACAUGUACGGAAAUGUAAACCUAAUACGGAUGGCAUUUCAUCAGUGGAAGACCUGUUAGCCAGCCUGGUUCUGCGGGUCUCCGUCUGGGUUAUGGCCUUCAUCACCUGCUUUGGGAAUCUUUUUGUCAUCGGAAUGCGCUCCUUCAUUAGAGCAGAGAACAACCUGCAUGCAGCUUGCAUCAAAGUCUUGUGUUUUGCUGACUGUCUGAUGGGGGUCUAUCUUUUCUUCCUGGGGAUAUUUGAUGUCAAAUUCCGCGGGGAAUAUAACCGGAACGCUCUUAUCUGGAUGGAUAGCGUGGAAUGCCGAACGAUUGGCUUUCUCGCCAUGCUCUCCUCUGAAGUAUCUGUUCUUCUUCUUACCUACUUAACACUAGAGAAAUUCCUGGUCAUCGUUUUCCCGUUUAGCCAUCUGCGGCCUGGGAAGCUGCAGACAGUGUUGGUUCUGGCCUUCAUCUGGAUUCUGGGAUUUGUCAUAGCAGCUGUUCCCUUGCUAAAUGAAGACCUGUUUGGGAACUAUUAUGGGCGAAAUGGAGUAUGUUUUCCUCUGCACUCUGAUAGGCUGGAGAAACCAACUGCUAAAGGAUACUCCACAGGGAUAUUUCUUGGUCUUAAUCUGGUGGCGUUCUUGGUGAUUGUCAUUUCCUAUUCCAGCAUGUUCUGUUCCAUUUAUAAAACCGGCAUCAAUGCCACAGAUGUACGCAGUCGGCUUCACAAAGACGUGGCCGUGGCCAACCGCUUUUUCUUUAUUGUGUUCUCUGACGCCCUCUGCUGGAUACCCAUAUUUUUGGUCAAAACACUCUCUCUGCUAAAAGUUGAGAUUCCAGGGACAAUAAACUCCUGGAUGGUUGUCUUCAUUCUUCCUAUCAACAGUGCCCUUAACCCCAUCCUCUACACCCUGACAACCAGCUUCUUCAGAGAGCAGGUGGAGCUCCUCUUGUGCCGCUGGCAGCGGCGCUCGGCAUCAAAGAAAGACCGUAAGAGUCUCACCAGCUCCACCAUCUAUAUGGAGACCCCUCGGAAUGCAGAAUACACAGCAAAAAUAUCCUUGCCACGAAUGUCUUUGGCAGACAUGGAUAACCAAUAUGGGUGAAAAGAGUCAGUGAGUGAAAGGUAUCAUAGUGUAGGCCAAUCAUUAUCAUUAUCUGGAGAUAAGACUGGAGAAUAACAGUCUUUCCUGGAACAAUUUAUGUGAAAGGAUGGUACUGUGAUUCUUGCUGUUUGGGUUCAAACAUUGAGUGCUCUUUUUAUAAGUGAGACUAGCUUUGCUGUUUUCUCCAUUAGGAGAAGCAUUUUUCAUCACUUUAGCUCGAUAAGGGCCUCGGACCCCCCAGCGUCUAUUUCCCACCUAAACGCCAUGUCCGGCUCACAGGGCAUGUUGUUCGUCUCAAAGGCUUUUAAAGAAGAAAAUCAAUGACUACAAAGCGCAAUGCACAAGACUGUUAGCAUUUACUGCAGAGCACAUCUUGGAAGGAUCAAAGGAACGUUAAAACACUAUUUACAUGAAGGACAAUUUAUUAUUUUUUAUGGAAAUGUUUCAAUAUGUGGUUUUGAGAUUGAAUUUGAGAAGUUAUUGAUAAUGUACCGCAAAGUUUUUUUUUUUUUUUUUUUUUUUUUUUUUUUUUUUAAAUGCUUGCUCUGCCAUUUCACAGAAAAUACAUAUUAAAGGGAAUGCCUCAGAGUGGUCUUGGUCAACAAAGUAAAUGGUUCCCUUACUGAACAGAAGCAUGCAAUUAAGAUAAAGAGGUUUAUAUCAUUCAGCCAUGUAAGAUAAAACAGAUACAUUGUUUUUUUUCUGCUUUGUCAUUUUUUACAACAAUACUAAAGCAUUUUAUUUUUAUACUCAUGUUGCCUAUUUAUAAGUUUGAUUUUUUUCUACCCAUUUCAAGACGUGAAGAUAUAUUCUAAGUCAGAUGUAAAGAUGUUAGAAGUUUGAAUGCUUAUGGAUUUUGUCCAGCAAUAUAAUAUUGACAAUCUGAAGAAAUCCAUCUACCAGUGAAUCUAGCAAGCCAAGGAUUUGCUUGUACUUUAAUCACUGUAUGACACAGAGUUUUCUUUACUUUUAAUAAGCCUGUUUUUUGUUUAUUAUUUAUCAUAAAAGACAACCAUGAAUAAGUGA